AUGGCUUUCACCAUCACCAUUGAAAAGCGCUCAGCGCCUGGAAAGCCCGCAUCCAAGGGGUUCCCUUUAACCGUGUCGCUCUCGUCUCAAAAGGCCACUCUUGCCGAACUUAAGAAGCAGAUCGCCUCAUCUUCUCGCAAACUCACCGUCGAACGUCAGCGUAUCACCACGCAAGACAGAAAGCCUCUUCUCGAUGAUGACAAGUCGCUUGUCGAUCUAGGCAUCUCUGCAGGUCAAACGCUCUACGUCAAGGACCUCGGUCCUCAGAUUGCUUGGAGAACCGUCUUCCUCACUGAAUACGCUGGGCCCAUCUUGAUCCAUCCUCUCUUCUACUAUUUUGGUCCCCAAAUCUGGAAGCGCGACUUCGUGCCGUCCAAGAUGCAGACCGUAGCUGUCUCUCUCGCUGUUGCUCACUACGUCAAGCGUGAACUCGAGACGCUUUUCGUUCAUCGAUUCAGCAACGGAACUAUGCCACUCUUCAAUAUUUUCAAGAACUCGACUCACUACUGGUUUCUCUCGGGCUUCCUCUUGGCGCCUUUCGUCUACUCUCCUUGGUUCUCUGCUGCCUCUGUAGCUGGUACCAUUCAGGACAACACCACGUUCAUCUACUCGACCGCGGCUGUUAUGGUUCUUGCCGAGCUCGCCAACGGCUACACUCACAUCAUUUUGAAGAAUCUCCGCCCCGCUGGUACCAAAGUCAGAAAGAUCCCGCGCGGUUUCGGCUUCGAGUUGGUCUCUUGCCCCAACUAUUUCUUCGAGUUCCUCGCUUGGGCUGCAUUCACAGUGCUCACGCUGAACCCUGCUAGCGCGCUGUUCGCCGCCGUUAGCACAGCUCAGAUGUGGGUCUGGGCGGUCAAGAAGCACAAGAACUACAAAAAGGAGUUCGGCAAGGAGUACCCCAAGCGCAAAGCCAUGUUCCCCUUCAUUGCUUGA